AUGAGUGUCUCUGACCUCAUAAGAGAGAUAAACAAAACACAUUCAAUAUCAAACAACAACGAAAAAUUCACAGCAUUAACAAAAUUAUUAACAAUAUUACCAAUUGAAAAUAAAUUUAUUACAUCAAUUUACAAUUCAACAAAUCAAGUACCUAAAAAUAUAUCAACAUUAUAUGAUGAAGAAUGGUCAGCUUUUAAUUCAAUUGUAACGAGUUUUAUCAAGUUUUGUGUGGAGAUGGAUCCCUGGUCUGCAUUAUGUUCAUUUGAUUUAUUGACUACUUAUUUAAAUGAUUUAUCAAUAGCUUUUAAUAAUAAUACCUAUGGUUGGCUACUAUCAGAUAUAAUUAAAACAACAAUCACAAUGGUAAUUCCUAUUGCAAUCAAAUUGGACUAUCAAAUGUUUUACAAAGAACAAGGAGGGAAGUAUAGAUUAAAUUACAUGGCAAGUAUAAUACUAAAAAUUUUCAACAAUAUUAGAAUAAAUGAUUCCAACGUAUAUAAAAAAUCGAUAAUACUAUAUUUGGGAAAUAAAUUAUGUUUCAUAUAUUGGAAAUUAGAUAAUCCGUUGUUGUGUUUAAAUAUUUUUAGCAAUAUGAACAACACUUCUCUAAGAAUUAAAGAAUUCCCUAUGCUGGAACAAAUUAAGUAUAAAUUUUAUUUAGGUAAAUUUUGGUUUAUUAAAAAUGAGUUGAUAAAAAGUUUUGAAAAUUUUAAAUUUUGUUUGUUGAAUACAUCAAGUUUAAAGAAUCAAAAAUUAAUAUUGGAAUAUUUUAUACCUGUAAGUAUAAUAGUUGGUAAAGUGCCAAAUUUUAAUUAUUUGAAAUCAAAAUUUAAUGGUGACAACUCGAUUUUGGAGUUUUUAAAUUUAUUUGAAAGAAUAGCAUUUUUGGUUAAAAUUGGAGAUUUUAACGGUUAUAAUAAUCUAAUUGCGGAGAAUUACAAGUACUUGAAAAGCAAAGGAAUUUUGUUAGUGAUGAACAAAAUUGAAUUACUAAUUUACAGAAAUUUAUCGUGUAAAGUCUGGUCAAUUUUGGGAAAACAACCUAACUUAAACACGAAUUUAGUUCCAAUACCUAUACCAUCAUCAAUACCACCGCAAGAUCAAAUUUUUUAUAAAGAGAACAUAUUUGUAACUUUGAUAGAUACGGGACUACUAAAAGGUAAGUUAGUGAAAACAAAUUUGAUUGCAUUAAGUAAAAUUGACCCAUUUCCAAAUGUUUUUGAUAGAUAUUUAAGAGCUUAUAGUAACAAAACUGGGUCAAAUACUGGAUGGAUAUGA